UCGAUAAAGCCUCUGUUUACUCUAUAUGAUUCACUUCUUCCAUUAUUUGUGAUUGAAUCUCCCUCUCCCAUAUCCAUUAAUUCCAUUAUGAUCGCUCUAAAUUCCCCUUCAACCAAUUUCGCAGCUUCUGAAAUAAGUGACGGUUCUAGGUUUGCCCCAAUAAUUUGAUUUCCGUUCGGAAUGAUUAAUUGGUGAAAUUAAACCAAAAGAAACGCACGCCAUGGAUUUCAUUGCCUGCUGCCUCUAUAAAUUAUCUCCGAAAAUCACAGGAAAUCAUCGAUCUCACCGGUUCAACAUCUUCACAUACAAAGAGAGAAAUGUGUCUCAGGUUACCUGCAAUAUUCAGAAGGUUGGGCCCUCAGCCACACAGGACACACUCAAGAGCUUACGAUCGCUUGACGAAGGAAAAACAAGCAUCGUUACCGUCCGUGUUACCCGGAAAUGGGAAGAACUGGACUUCAUGUCGACCAACGACGUUACCAGCAUUGAUAUGGUUAUUGUUGAUAAGCGGGGGGAAGAGUUACACGCCCUCAUACCCAAAAAUCUUAUUUAGAAGUUUGAUAAGCUGAUUCGGGAGGGAGGUUUGUACUCUAUGCAGAAACUACACUUGACCACUGCUAAACCCAAGUUCCGUCCAGCGCACAAUGAGAAGCGGGCCUUCUUCCGGAACACCACCUCUGUUUCUGCAUUGGAUGCCUACUCCGUGUCCAUUACUCCCCCGAAAUUUUGUUUCACUGAGUUUGAGGCCAUAGAAUCGAACCUUCCGAACAUACAUCUUACAGGAAAAUCGAAACUGAGUACUAUCCAUGUGUUGUUUCUCAUUUUGAUGACCAUAUUUGCACCUAAUCGCCGUUACAAAAAAAAAAAAGGUUCCUUAUCAGUAUCUUCAUGGGGAGAACAAUUGGUAAUUGCUACAUCGUCUUUACCAGACCUUACAUAUGGUCCAUCUUUAUUCCUACAGUCACCUCUAUCCAAACUAGAACCUUGAGUUAUGUUAGGGAUAUUUAUCAUGAAAUUAACUAUAGAAAAAUAAUAAUCUCUAUCAAAAUAAGUUGGAGUUUCAUUAGGCAAUCUUGGGUCUGGACAGAAAGAAUAUGAAAAUCAGGUUAGAAUCAAAGGGUAAUAAUGGGGUAAUACCAUAGUAUGUCGUGGAGCUUUUUUGUCAAUCCUAUUUUGUUUUUGCAUGUUCUGCUUAUUUGUCAGAAUGGAUCCGUUUAUGUUCUGCCUCUUGAAUUUGCCAGUUUUUAGUUAAGCCACAGUUUCCGAAACUUCUCACAACAAAUUGAAAAAUCUGUAUACACAUAUGACCACAACUAAUAUGGCUAUCGUGUGUAGUCUUAAGAACAGUAUAGUGAUCCAUUCCCCGUAUUUUUUCCUUUGCCCAUUUUGUAGAACAAUGUAGUUGUAUACUAAAGCACUACCUUUGAAUUUGAAAGUAGAUUCUGUUUUGAUUUACAUAUAUGCUUAUGCCUACGUUAUUGUCGUUUAUAGGUGGUGGUAGAAUCUUGGAGUUGCGACAGAAAGGAAUUUUGCUAGAGACAACCCGGAUAGGAUCUUUUUAUGGAGCUUGGGGAUUUCUGUAUUAGUACCGAGCUAACGAUGCAGAGAAUGUCUUUAAAUACUCGCGGUUUAUUGUUCAUGGUUUGUUAGAAGAACUUGAUGUCAGUAAAGGUAAUUAUAUAUAACCUGGGUAGUUAUAAGAAGUCUUAAUAGCUAAGCCAGUAAAAUGUACGUUUUGGAGGACUGAAAGUAGUUGUUUAGUCAACUUAUAACUCAAAUUUGAACUAGGUUAUCCAUGUGCCUAAAUGUAAUUUCAGUUUACAUUACAGAUGGAAUACAAAGUUUAGAAAGCUAUCAUAUCAUAUGAAGAUAUGUUUAUUACCAGUUUACAAUAGAACUAAUUAAUGAAUUUUUUACCAUAAGAUAUUAAUUUGGUUGCUUUAUAGAUUUUUUUUCUUUUAGCUUUUACCUGAGACGGUAUAUUGCAAAUGAAGUCAAUCAUUUUUAAUGAGUCUAUACGUAAUGGAGAUCUGAAAAUGUAUUACGUGUGCUUACUUAAAUUCAAGGUUUGUGCGAGAAUCA